AUGACGUCGCUGAUGACGUCAGCGUUGCGCCUGAGCGGGUACCUGGAACCUUCGCAGCUGCCGCUGAUGGAGCAGAUCAAAUUCGCGCUGACUGCCAACGUGUCGAUCGUGGGGAUGAACGUCAGCCUGAUGUGGAACAGCGUCGGAUUCUAUCAGAUCGCCAAGCUGGGCAUGAUCCCCGUAUCCUGCGUGCUAGAGGUCUUCUUUGAUCGCAUGCGCUACUCCCAGGGCUCACGCCUGUCUGUGCUGCUGGUGCUGAUAGGCGUGGCCACGUGCACCAUCGCUGACAGCAGUCUGAGCGUGAAGGGCAUGGUGGCAGCAGCUGUUGCUGUCUGCUCCACCGCCCUGCAGCAAUACUACGUGCAAUACCUGCAGAAGAAGUAUCGCCUGGGCUCGUUCGACCUGCUCUCCCACACAGCACCCGUGCAAGCCGGCUCGCUCGUUCUGCUGGGCCCUCUUAUUGACUGGCUGUUGUCUGGUGCCCGUGUUGACAGCUACGACUUCAGUGUUCCCUCUGUGCUGUGCAUUGGGCUCUCGUGCCUGAUAGCCGUGGCCGUCAACGCGAGUCAGUUCAUCUGCAUCGGUCGCUUCACAGCUCUCACCUUCCAGGGCCUGGGCCACAUGAAGACCCUCUCCGUGCUCGUGCUCGGAUAUGCUCUCUUUGGAUUGGACGGACUCAACGCACCGGGCCUGGGCCACAUGAAGACCCUCUCCGUGCUCGUGCUUGGAUACGCUCUCUUGGGGUUGGAUGGACUCAAUGCACUGGGCCUGGGCCACAUGAAAACGCUCUGUCCUCGUGCUCGGAUACGCUCUCUUCGGGUUGGACAGACUCAACGCACCGUGGUGGUGCACAUGACGGCCCUCAGUGUGCUCGUGCUUGGAUUCGUGUUCUUUGGGUUGGAUGGACUCAGCGUGCUGUAA